CAGCUGCUUCAAUCCCUCCCAUGAGAUUUCAUAAAGGUACAAUUUUUGCUCUAUAAUUAAUGUGUAAUCCCAUUGAUCAUGGAGUUGGAGAACAAACAUUAAGGGAAAUGAUUAAGGGAACUAGUGAUGAAUUUCCAUAAUGUAAGUGGCUGCCAUUCUUGGUUCUUGAUCAAAUUCCUAUAAAUUGUGGCUUUCAAUGGUUAACUUCAAUCACAGAAGUAUAUUACUUUUCAGUGAGUGAAAGAACUAAUAGAAAAACAAAGAGAGAGAGAGAGAGAGAGAGAGAGAGUGAGUGAGAUGGAGAGGAAGGUUUUAGCAGUAGCUGUGCUAGUUAUGCUUGCGUUAGGCACAGUUGAAGCCCAAGAACAAGAACGUCCUUCCCUUCUUAAAUGUGCAGCAAAAUGUGGAGGAAUUUGCUAUAAAGCAAGAUUUCCACCUUUGAUGGUGCUGUGCUUUAGCCUGUGCAUGCUCCAAUGCAGGCAUUCUCCGUCUGAUAUUGUCUACAAUUGUACUCACUCUUGCGCUAGAAGCAUGGUCACUAACUCAUUGACCAUUGAUUCUAAUCUUGGUGAUGACAAAGUAGAAGGUUAUGUGGAUUCUUGCUAUCAAAUGUGCAACAAGGAUAGCAACAAUAUCUAGUAUCUAAGAAAAGUAUCUUUGUUAUAUUUAAAUAAGAUGGUAUAGAUGUAAUCUUUCUACAUA